AUGCAGGCAUACUUCCAGUAUCGUGCCAUCAAAGCCUCCGUUCAAAAGCAGCUGAAUGAGUUCCCUGGGCGACACUCGAAUGCCUUUGAGAGCGGCGAAAGCCCUUUCCAUGAGAUAAGGAAUCAAAUUUCACAGGAACUCCGAUCGUAUGGAAUUCAGCUGAUUGACAAUCCCGACCACCGUGGAGAAUCGUCUCAAAUUUUUCUCGUCGACUGGCAGGGAGAAAAUGAUGCUCUAAAUCCCAGGAAUUUCAGUGUGAAGAAAAGAAUUAUGGCAACAAUCAUCGUAUCCGCCCUUGCUUUCGUGGUCAGCGCAUCAUCCUCCAUCGAAUCUGCCGUUAUUUCCCAAAGCAGCGCCACAUAUAAUGUCAGUGAAGUCGUCGCUUCACUAUUCACCGCAAUCUUCCUGCUCGGUUUUGCCGCUGGAUCCUUAGUGUCGGGACCUCUUUCCGAGAUCCUGGGCCGCAAUGCCGUCUACACGAUCGCCACAACUCUCUUUAUGUUCUUCAUCAUGGGCUCCGGAAUAUCACCCAAUGUUGGAGCUAAAUUGGUUUUCCGGUUCCUCGCUGGAGUCUGUGGUUGCCCGCCCCUCACUUGUGCUGGAGGAACGGUCGCAGAUGUCUGGAAUCCGCUCGAAAAGACCCUUGCAUUUCCUAUGUAUGCGAUUCUAUCGUUUGGAGGUGCUAUCCUAAGCCCUGUCAUUGCGUCCUACAUGGGCCACUCAACACUUUCUUGGCUGUGGGUCAACUGGAUUGUUCUUAUCAUGGCAGGCCUCGUCCUGGCCUUGGUAGUAUUUUUUCAGCCAGAGACGUACGGCCCUCUGCUUCUAAAAUGGAAAGCCAAGCACCUACGCAAGUUGAGUGGGGAUCCUCGCUAUCAGUCGAAGCUGGAUCUGGAUAAAACACCACUACUGAACCGGAUAGGUCUGGCUUGCGCUCGGCAAUUCACAUUGGCUGUUCGAGAGCCGAUUAUUCUUUUGUUGGCUUUAUACAUGACUAUCCUCUAUAUCGUGCUGUUUACCUUCUUUGACGGUUAUCCAUAUAUCUUCGCCGAUGUUCAUCACCUAUCCGAGGAGCUCACGAACAUUAUCUGGGUAGCUAUGUACGUGGGCAUUAUGCUGGCAGUCGUGUGUGUGCCUGGACUAUACCGAAAGUAUCAGAACGACUGUCUGAAAGGGGAGAGCGGCGACUGCGACAACCAUGUACGAAGCAACGAAAACAACAGCGAUACAAGCCGUCAGAACCCUCCCACCCCAAAGAGAAUGUCCAUCGAUCCAGAAGAGAGGCUUUGGUAUGCCAUGAUCGGAGCUCCAGCAAUUCCAAUAAGCCUCUUCUGGAUGGGUUGGACUGACUAUAAAGAUAUUUCAAUCUGGUCACCAAUUCUGGGCUCCUCUCUGUUCGGUUUCGGCAGCAUCUGCCUCUUUAUCUCGAGCUAUAUGUACGUCAUCGAUUCCUACGAGAUCUACGCAGCCUCCGCGCUGGGCUUCAUGACGGUCUCACGCUAUUGUGCAGCUGGUGGGAUGACCGUUGUAGGAAUUUCCUUUUACAAAAAUAUGGGUGUCCAGUGGACAUUGACAAUCCUCGGGAUUAUCAGUUCCUUGAUGACUCCUGUCCCCUAUAUGUUCUGGAGAUUUGGUAGUGUGAUUCGAGGAUGGAGUCGAUACGCUGUCUGA